AUGUCAACUACCACGGAGCAUAGCAACGAAGCGGAGGAGAGGCUGUUAUCUUCUCGGUCUAGUAGCUAUGACGACGACAUACUAGAGGAAAUUGCGUCCAAGCAAGUAUUGAACCAUUAUCCGAGACCGUUUCCAUGGAGAAAGGUCUUCCAGGGAGUUGGCUACUCCAUUACCGGAGGCAUUGUGGUUCUUUCAUUUGCUUUGGCGGCAUACUUCAUAGACUCACCCGCGAAAAUGUCCACAAUCGUCUCAGAGUGGAGUGUCAUCGACAGUGGGCAGACCUUUCGCGCCUGGGAGCCCUCUUCAGCCUGCGGAAACACGCCUGCCGAAGCCCGCGAAGCAGGUUGCAUCUACGACGAUGUCUUGCUCCACUGGAUGCCGACACAAUGCUCUUCUCCCGAGCUCAUUGACGAGUUUGAGCAUGUAUGGCCAUGGGAGUUCUUUGAGGACCAAAACGCCACAAAGCCAGUCACUCUACCGCAAGUCAUGGAAGGCACGCAAGACAUAAAAUGGGUGUCUAUUGAUCUUCACCGGUGGCAUUGCGUUGCAACAUGGAAGAUUCUUAGUAGCGCCGCACGAUGGAAAACGACGGUACCGGCUUAUGCUAUCAACUGGAAUCACUCCACACACUGUGCUGAUCAUGUGUUGAUCAACAUGCAUACCGAAGACCCUUUCGCCAUUAACUCACAUCUCGACAUUGAGUACACUCCUUGUGUGAUACUAGCUGUGGAUAGAUCACUGGAGAGGGCAAGGGAAUGGUGA